AUGGAGACUCCGACAGUAAGUCCUGAGGCUGAGUUAAGUGGAGAUGUUGAAUGUAAGCCUCAGAUUGGUAUGUUGUUUAAUACAGAACUAGAGGCUUAUAAUUUUUACAACAAAUAUGGAGGAAGUCUUGGUUUUAGUAUUAGGAGAGACUAUGCAAAUAAGAGCAGGAAAGACAAGACAACCAUAACUUCAAGGAGAUUUGUAUGUUGUAAAUCUGGUUUUAGGAAGGAAUAUAAGAGGGACGUUUACACAAGUAAACCACGAGCUAAGACAAGAACAGAGUGUCCAGCACGGAUGUCCAUAUAUUUGUCAGAGAAUGGAAAAUAUGAGUGUCGUGACUUUGUUGAAGAACAUAAUCAUAUUCUUGAUUUGGUUGAUGAAUCGAGGAUCAAACCUAAGUCCAUAUUUGAGUAUAUGGGUAGGCAGGCAGGUGGGAGGGAGAACCUUGGCUACACUAGUCAAGAUCAUAAGAACUACCUCCGAACUAAAAAACAACGUUCACUAUCUUAUGGUGAGGCAGGGAGUUUGUUGAGGUAUUUUGAAAACCAAUGUAGGAUCAAUCCUUUUUUUACAUACUCAAUGCAAUUGGACAGUGAUGAACAAAUAACUAAUAUUUUUUGGGCUGAUCCAAAGAUGAUAAUUGAUUAUGCACAAUUUGGCGAUGUUGUCAGUUUCGACACCACAUUUUGCACAAACAAAGAGUAUAGGCCAUUUGGGAUAUUUGUUGGGUUCAAUCAUCACAGAGGAGCCAUUAUAUUUGGGGCUGCACUUUUAUAUGAUGAAACAGUUGAAUCUUUCAAGUGGUUAUUUGAGGCAUUCGCGGAAGCACAUGGGCAGAAGAAGCCUAUCACCAUUUUCACAGAUCAAGAUGCUGCUAUGGCGAAGGCAUUAAAUGAGGUGUGGCCUGAGACAUGGCAUGGGCUGUGUACUUGGCACAUAGUACAAAAUUGCAUUAAGCAUCUGGGUGAUUUGAUGAAGGAAGACUCGCACUUUCUUAGAGAUUUGAAAAAAUGUAUAUUUCAAUAUGAGGAGGAAAUACAGUUUGAGGAUGGAUGGCAGAUUUUGCUUAGGAAUUAUGGAAUUGAGAAUAAUUCAUGGUUGCAGUGUAUAUACGAAUUAAAAUAUAAAUGGGCAAAGUGCUAUAUGAAAAAUACCUUCACAUUAGGUAUGCAGAGUACACAGUUUAGUGAGAGUUUGAACAGUGACAUGAAGGAUUAUUUAAAAUCCACUUUGGACAUUGUGCAAUUUUUUAAGCAUUUUGAAAGGGUUGUGGAUGCUAAGCGAACCAACGAGUUAAAAGUUGAGUUUGAUUCAAGAAACAAGCUUCCAAGGAUAGUGAAUGUGAUGUCCCCUGUUAUAAAACAAGCUGGGGAAGUCUACACUCCUUUGAUUUUUGAACUCUUUCAAGAGCAGAUGGAUUGGGUUAGUAUUUGCCUCAUCAAAAACAAGAAUGAAAGUAAUCCCAUGUGUGAAUAUUUGGUUGGUCUUAUGGAAUCAGAAUGUGAGUACAAAGUAUGUUGUAACCCAUCUGAGCUUAUGAUUAAUUGUAGUUGCAAGAAAUAUGAGACAUUUGGCAUUCUUUGUUGCCAUUCUUUGAAAGUUUUGGAUGUGCUAGAUAUCAAGUGUAUACCUUCAGCUUAUAUUUUGAAGAGAUGGACACGGGGAGCAAGAAACAUGGUAGUGAUAGACAAUAAGGGAAAACAGGUUGAAGAAGAUGUUAACUUAGACAGCUCACAACGAUAUAGGCGUCUAUGUCCUGAACUUGUUAAGAUUGCAUCACAAGCUUCAAAUUCAGCUGAGGGUUAUGCCUUGGUGAUGAAGGCUGCAAAAGAGUUGCGUGUACAGCUUGAUAGUAUCACUGCAUCUGAUGGCUCACAAGUGGCUGUCCCUAAUGGUAGACAGAAGAAGAGCAAGAUAGAAAAACAAAGAAACAAAAAGAGAAGAACUGAGACAAGAAACUCUCAAAAUUCACAAGAAAUUCAUUCAACUCCUGCACCCACCAGUGGUGCAUUUUCAAUGUCGAAUGUACCAGAUUACCUUCAACAGAUGGAUGACAAUAUUAGCUUCACCUCACUUUCAACGGGAGGAACAUCUGUGUAUGAUCUUUCCUUAGCUGUAUCCUCUCAAGCAUCAACAAAACUCUCUUUGCAGAAUUUCCAAGAACAAGAUUAA